UGAAACAUUCUUGCUGUGCAACUGCACUAUGGCCAGAUGCAUUGAAAACAAUACCAUUGAAAUAAUUCCCUAUGAAUGUCCACCUCUUGAGAACAUCACUUGCCUCAAUGGAAAGAAACCAGUACUUGUAUAUGAUGAGAACUACUGCUGCCAGCAUUACGUUUGUGACUGUGUUUGUGAGGGAUGGGGAGAUCCCCAUUAUAUAACAUUUGAUGGACUAUUCUACAGUUAUCAAGGAAACUGUACUUAUACAUUAAUGGAAGAGAUUUCUCCAAAACACAACUUAAAGAUGUAUAUUGACAACGUCAUCUGUGAUCCCAAUGAAGACGUGUCCUGUCCUCGAUCUAUCAUUGUAUCAUAUGAAUCAGAAGUAAUUACGCUCAAGAAUCAUAAUCUUAUUGGAGCAGCUCAGUUGGAGGCUCUCAAAGAUGGAGUGAGCUUGAAAUUACCCUAUUCAGAACAUGGUAUAAAGAUCUUAACCUCUGGCAUUACAAUGGUUUUUGAGAUUCCUCGCCUAGAAGUGGUAGUUACAUUUGGUGUAACUGGCUUUAGUGUAACUCUUCCGUUUAAAUACUUUGGAAAAAACACACAGGGCCACUGUGGAACCUGCACUAACAACCAGGCUGAUGACUGCAUGUUGCCUGGAGGUAUGCUGGUGGAAAGCUGUGCUAUAAUGGCCGACUACUGGCCUGCAAAACACAUUUACCAGCCCAACUGUUACACACCAUCUGUGCUCCCCACCAAUACACCUCUACCUCCACCAACACAAGUACCAUGUAGGCCAGACUCCAUCUGUGAUCUGCUCAAGAGCAGUAUAUUUGAUGCAUGCCAUCCAUUUGUCCAACCUGACAAAUUCUACGAAGGUUGUGUUUUUGAUAGUUGCCAUGUACUAAACCCUACAGUGGAGUGCACAAGCUUGCAGGCUUAUGCUGCUGCCUGCGCUCAGGCUGGGGUUUGCCUGCACUGGAGGAACCACACCCAACUGUGUACUAGUGACUGCCCGUCAGACAAAGUUUACAAGCCGUGUGGUCCUGCAGAGCAGCCAACCUGUGAAGACAAUCCUAAUGAAUCCAUCCUGAACUUUACUACUGAGGGCUGCUUCUGUCCUGAUGGCUUGAUGCUCUUCAACAAAGAGUCCAGCAUAUGUGUUGAUAAGUGUGGAUGUCUUGAUUCGGAGGGCAUCCCACGUGAGUUUAAUGAGAUAUUUGAGCAGAACUGCCAAAACUGCAUCUGUGAGGAGUCUACAAAGGCUGUGACUUGCAAACCUAAGGUGUGCCCGGCACCGCCAGUGCAGAACUGUACCGGUCCAGGGUUCAUCCUUGUCAAUCAAACGAAUCCAUCGGACCCUUGCUGUUUUGCUUAUGUUUGCCAAUGUAACAGCAACAAUUGCCCGGUCAUCAACAUGAACUGUCCAAUUGGAUAUGUACCAGUUGUCAAUGUUCCUGAGGGAGAGUGCUGCCCAGAGCAUACAUGUGAACCUAAAAGAGUUUGUGUCCACAAAAAUGUUGAAUACCAGCCUGGAGCUUCAGUUCCUGUGAUAGCGUGCCAGGACUGCACCUGCACCAGGGAGGUGGACUCCAACAAUGGUCUGUUCAAAAUAUCCUGUGAGUUUCAGCAAUGUGAUGAGAACUGUGAGAUGGGAUAUGAGUAUGUUGAAACUGAGUCAGAUGAAUGCUGUGGGAAAUGUGUACAGACCCAAUGUGUCCUCAAUAUCAAUGGGACCAAGCAGCUGUUGAUGGAAGGAGAAACCUGGUCACCACCUGAGAAUAAGUGUGAGCAUUUUACCUGUGUUAAGAACGGUGAGACUUUCAUGACCACAAGUUCAAGCAUUCUCUGCCCACCUUUCCAGCAGAACAACUGCCAGCCUGGUACAAUUCAGACUGCAGCAAAUGGAUGCUGUCAAAUUUGUGUGGAGAAGGAGAAGGCCUGUAAGAUAGGAUCCAUGAGAAUCCACAUUCUCCACAAGGGCUGCCGCUCUACCAGGGAGGUCGACAUGCCAUACUGUGAAGGGUCCUGUAACACUUACACCAAAUACUCUGAGAAGGCCUCUACUAUGCAGCAGUCUUGCUCUUGCUGCCAGGAGUCACGCUCAAGCAAUCGCACUGUUGACUUGAAGUGUCUGAACGGAGACAUGGUGCCCUACACAUACGUCCAUGUGGAGGAGUGUAGCUGUGCCAAGACAGCCUGCACCCACCCUGCUGGACGACUCACCCGCAAGAGACGCAGCUUCACACUGGUCUAAAUGAAUCUCCCCGUCAUCACAUUAAUGGAUGCGUGGAGAAUAGAUGACGCUUGCUUUCCACAAUUCCCUCACUGCUAUUCUGUUAC